AUGAGAGUACCUGAUGGAGGAGAGUCGUUACAAUCGCAGUCUUCGUUUUCAUACAACGAGAUCAAUGUUUCAUCUACCAGUACAUUGCUCCCCUUAAUUAAAUUAAAUUCCUUACAACCUUUUGUUCAGGUGAAUGCGCUUAAUGAACUGGCAAAUCUCUCAUUUGAGGCAAGCUCCUACCUGUUAUGCCCGGUUUAUUCUGCAAUUAGUUCAGCGAUUAAUGACCAUAUUUCUUAUUCAGUAGCUCGUUCAUGUAAGAUAGCCAUUGAGGUUGCUUGGAACGUUUGUUGUAAGGACUUUGCCUUUGACAUUGAGAAGACGCGUUACUCCCAAUCUUUGGUGUCUAUGGUUUAUGGUUUAACUUCCGGUAUGACUUACGUGACUAGUAGAGACUUGCUGUACAGUCGCAUUCAGAAAUACCUAGUGGACGGCUUGAGGAGUGUCUUAAAUGAUUCCGCUUUAGGCUCUGAUAAAGAGCAAAUCUUGGAGAAACUUGCGACUGCAUUGGCAAAGGAAAAUAUCGAAAUAGCAACUUGCUUUGUGGUGAAAGCAGCGUGUGAAAGAGCAGUGCAGGAAGUUCAUAAACUGGUUUCUGGGCGUGAAAAGAAUGAUGCAAGACAACGAUUAAGUGUCGAACUUAUGGCAGCGGUUCAACAACUGCCUGAAAAAAUUAGACCGAACUCAGUAACGUCAAGUCAGACGACAGUAUAUAAUGAGUAUUUAAGCAAUAUUUGUGGUUUUAAGAAGUUGUCUUUAUACAACUUUGCACGAGAAAGCGAAACUGCUAACAGUGGCCAGUCAAACUCAGCUAGAGAUAUUGCAGUGCAGCAGAGAGAUAAAAAGAUUGACCAGUUCAAAAUUCUUCUACAAGCUAUCAUUCGUGAAAUCGAAUUGGUGCUUAGUGGGAGUACUGCGCAGAUGUUUAAAGUUAGCGGACCUUUAUCAGUUUUCCGUGAAGGACUAGUCCAACUUUUGCUUAAACCUGAGGAUCGUGUCUUACAAUACGGUUUUGUUCAGAAAAUGUUAUGUCAAAUGAGUGCAGUUUUCAAAACUAACCAUGCAAGUGUUAGUAAAAAGCGCACUGAUCUAGUGUCGCAAAUGGAAAAUGAGUGGGAUAGAAGAUUGAAGUACAUAUUUUUUAACAUCUGCAAAGCGUUUAUCUUUCAAGUGGGACAAGAAGACUUUUUGAGAAACAUUGUACGCAUAGUUUUUGACGUGACGCUGCAACAUAAGUUUAAUGCUGAAUUUGUGAACUUCCUUACUGAACAAGGACUUUUCCAACUUCCAUUUUUUGAUCGAUAUUUGGCUAUGCAUAUAAGCGCGGGGAGUACCGAGGCUAUUGCUCUCGCUAGGAAUCUUGUAAAGCAGGGUCGUUAUGACUUACCUUUAUCGACGGAAAGUCUUCUGAAGUUUCCUUUUGCACAAAGCCAUCCGGGGUCGUGUUUACCCAGUGUAACUACUAAUUUACAAUUGCAUCAAGGUACGAAUAGUGCUCCAGUGACAAACGUCAACAAUUUUUUGGGAAAAAGCGCUGGAUUACCUGUAGCUGCUAGUUCAGGGAAGGCUAAUGGCCCCAAAAAAGACUUGAAGGUGAAGGUUGGGAGAGUUCCAAGCGAAAUCAGUAAAGUAAAUGUUAAUGGCGUGGAUGGGAAUCAGUCUCUCCGUGAAAAAGCAGAAAAAGUUUUGAAGGAAUGGAUUCAACUUUGUUAUACUAUUGAGGCUCAGCGGCAACCGGAACGAGCACUGGCCCUUAUUGUUCGCGUAAUGAGCGAGUUGAAUGUCAUUUCAUCGGAUGCUGCAAUCACCGAGUUUUUUCAUGCUUGCGCUUACGUUUGUGCUGAUGUUACUUAUCGCUUGCUAAAGAAUGAUCCCAAUGCUGAACAGGCAACUUCUGCGAGGCAACGAUGUUAUUACACUCUGGAUGCUUUUGCAAAACUGGCAUGUUUGAUGGUUAAGUGCAGCAGUGAUUGCCCUGCGCAAACGAAAGUGAAUUUGCUAGUUAAGAUUCUCGGGGCAAUAGAGGAAGUGCUGUGUGCAGAUUACAAGAUACACGGGUCUGAUUUCUGUCCGAUGCCUCAUCAACGCAUGUUUAUGGUGAUGUUUAAUGAACUUACUGAGCCGAGCAGUAGUCUUAGUCCAGUAGCAUGGAAUAUUAUUGAAGCAUUUGGGCGUGCUUUGUCAAAUUUACGUCCACGACGUAUACCGGGAUUUGCUUUCGCUUGGUUGGACAUAAUUGGGCAUCGAAAUUUUAUAAGCCGUUUGUUGAAAAGCGAUGUAGAACCCGUGAAAACUGCUGCCAUGUACACGCAGCUUCUUUUGUACCAACUGAAGUUUUUGUCACCCUUUCUUCGCAAUGUUGAAAUGCCGAAAUCAGUGUUGAAGUUAUACAAGGGGACUUUGAGGAUUUUGUAUGUAAUUCGCCACGAUUUCCCAGAAUUGCUUUGUGAGUACUGCUGCGUCUUCUGCGAUGCAAUUCCCCCGAACUGUGUACAUUUGAGGAAUCUGAUUCUGUCAGCACAUCCGCGAGUCAUGCGCUUGCCAAAUCCAUAUUCCUUGGACCUUAAGGCACAGGACCUUCCGGAGCUAUCUCAAGAACCAAAAACUCAAAUCAACAUAACAAACCUUAUUCCUUCUACUCUGCUGCAACAAAUACACGGGUAUCUUACAGAGCAGCUACCGGACACUUUCCUUUCCACCCUUCCUAACCAGUUGGAAACAGCCACCCAGCCUACUAGUCUGCCCGGUUUGCGGUACAAUUCAACCUUGAUGAAUGCAAUUAUACUUCACGUGGGUUCUCUGGCGACGAGGAACAUCGCAAGGAAUCUGCAAGGUGAUUAUCUCAGAGCAGUUGGGGAAAUGCGACAUACGAGAAUCUUGGAAAGUUUAUCUGAGGACCUUUCUAAUGAAGGCAGAUACAUGCUUUUCAAUGGUAUGGUGGACCAUUUGCGUUACCCUUGCAAUCGCACGUACUACUUCUGUUUCGCACUCCUGCAUUUAUUUACCGAAGCUAAAGUAAAUAUGGUGCGAGAGCAAAUAAUGAGGACGGUGUUUGAGCGGCUUCUCGCACCGAAGCCUUACCCAUGGGGACUUUUGCUGGUCGCUGUGGAGCUCAUUAAGGAUCCGAAAUACAAUUUAUGGGGUUACGACUUUUUGCACUGUGAGCCGCGUUUUGAAAGCUUCUGUCAGAGGGUGAAGGGUUAUCACGACUCGAUGGUUAGUGGUAUGCAAGAAGGUGGGUUUAGUGGAAUUUUGGGCGACUUUUCAUCAACCUGUUCGACGCCAGCGUUAUUUGAUGAGCCUGUUGAGUUAUGCGAUGAGACUGUUUCCUUGUAA